AUGCGAGACCAACCUCCAAUGAACGAUUCCUCAGACACAGCGGCGGAAUCGGCUCUUCUGCCAGACCUGCCGCUGUCACCAUCCCGGGACGGCAAGGACGACGCUGCCCCCUCCACGCCCAUCUCCUCAGUUCAUUUAGAAUUAGACCAACAAGCACCCGUUUCUGAUGACCAACCAGCUUCAGAAGACGAGUAUCGGCAGAAUGGACCAAUCAGAUCACCGCCAUCCCCCAGCGAACAGUCUGCGACGUCGAUGCAAUCCCAGCCGCAAAUUGAUUGGCGUGACGUGCCGGUGGUUUACCCUUUCCGAAGAACAGAAGAGGGUGCUUGGAUGCCACCCUACGAGCCAGACCGGCCCGAGAAUCCUUACUGCAAAGGUUUCAAGACCACCAUCUACUUACAUGAGCCACCACUGGAUAAUUUUUACGUCGACGAGGAAGACAGAAUUGGGCCAACCCCCGGAAUAGAAGAUAAUCGCGACCUACGCCUAAAAACUUUGGUCGACGCCUGUCUAUCGUCCCGCAUUUGUAAAGGUAAAACUUUUCAAGAUCGAUCCCACCAGCUUGAAGUCGUCGACGAGAUUGCCGUCAGAGACACGCACGGCGCCCAGAUCGUGGUAUGCAAGCUGGAUGGUGAGCCAAAGACUUAUGUCGCCAAAAUUUACGACCCCCUGUACUAUUCCUUUGUCGACCAAGAUCUUCCAUAUAUGCCGCGUUCCACAACCAUCCAGGCCGAUCAAGACUACUGCAACGAAGCCAAUGUUUACGCAGGACUUCGGUACACAGCGCUGGCUGGCAAUGAGAUACCAGCAUAUCAGGGCUCCUUCACCUUUGACAUGCCAUUGGAUUUGCCUGAAUCUCGAGGGCGACAUAUGCGCCCAGUGCGACUGAUCAUCAUGGAGCACAUCGAAGGGGCAAAGACCAUGGAAGAUAUGGACCCAAGCUCCCUGCCUGCAAGUUUACGCCUCGACAUCUUGGCCCAACUUUUUGCAGCCAACAUUGCGCUUAUGAACUGCGGUGUGUUACACAGCGAUUUGUGCGAACGUAACAUUCUUAUCCGCCUCCCCAAAACAACACAAGAGGAUUGCGGUGAAGGGAAGGACGACGACAUACCCCUUCGGGUGGUUCUGUUUGACUUCAACGUUUCGUCGUACGAGUGGAAGCCGGAAAAGGGCACGGAUAUCAACGACGAAGGCGAGUACGAGGAUAAUAUCUUCCUCCGGCCUGAGUUCUGGCCCAAAAAGCUUCCCCGACACCCGGCACGCAUCUAUUGGAACAAGAUGGAGUACGCUUAUGGCUCGUGGGAUGAAUGGUGGCCCGAUUCCUGGCGCAGAUCAAAGACCAUCGCCGAAUGGAACGCCUGGUUGCUUGAACAGUGGACAGAUACUCGUUUUUGGAAACCAGUCUGGGAUUGUUUGAUGCGUGCCCAGGGCCCACUUGAUCCCAGCAAGGAAGGUUUCUUUGUUCCAGAAGAAGACGAGCAGUCUGAAUCUGAAAGGGAGGAGGAUGAACAUGACCAGGAGGAAUACGAUCAGGAGGAAUACGACCAGGAGGAAUACGGCCAGGAGAAGUACGACAAAGAGGAAGACGAGCAGGACGAAUACGAAAAGGAGAAGUACGACAGAGAGUCAGAUGAGCAGAAGAAGCACGAUCAGGACACUUACAACAAAGAACCAGACGAGCGAGAGGCAUCUGAGGCAGAUAAAGACGAACCGGAGCAAGAUAGAGCCAGUUUUGAGGCCCAAGCAGACGUGGAUUCGGAUGCCAAGAAUACGGAGACGAAAGAGCAGCAGCAGAUGUCCGCUCCUGUGCUUGAAAGCUCGACUGCUUCACCAGAAAACGGACCGGAUGCCAUCAAAGACGACAGCACCACCAUCCCACCAGAGGCUAUUGUCAAGGAUAGUGUAGACCAGCAUUCUGUGUCUACUCGUGAAGAAGUUGUGUCUCAAGACGGUCCCAGUCCGUCCGCUUCGGCCGAGACCACGGAGCAUGAUGGGCGGGAACUUAUGGACGACAAUAACAACGGGCCAAGGUAA